GAACUUCACCGCCGGAAUCUAUGCCUCUGUAAUCCCGGCCAUCCAACAGCACUUCUCUAUUUCGCAAGAUCUAUCAAUAUCUGGCCUUAGUUUCUUCGCUUGCGGUGUUGCGUUUGGCCCCGUCCUGGCGGCUCCGAUUUCAGAAAUCUAUGGGCGCAGGUAUAUUUACCUUCUAUCCAGUCCGAUCACGAUCAUCUGCCUUGCUGGUACAGGUGCCGCUAGAAAUUUUCAGACGGUCGCUGUACUACGAUUCUUCACAGGCCUGUCUGGCAGUCCUGCUAUGGCGGUCGGUGGUGGCACAAUUGCAGAUCUCUGGGAUAUCUCUACCGAACCCUUGGGCUCGCUCAUGCUGCUCUUGAUGGUCGUCUUUACUUUCGUUGGUGCUGAACUCGGUCCCGCCGCAGGCGGAUAUCUAGUCGACAACCGAGGUUGGCGUUGGGCCUUCUGGGUGCCAAUGAUGCUCAACGGCUGUGUAUGGCUUUUCUCCUUGGGUGUACGUGAAACGUACCGUGACCUUCUGCUGCAAAAAAAGAGCCAUGGCCGAGUUGGAACACAAUCUUCUCCGUCACGCAGGUUUCUAUCCGUCCUGGGAAUCACGUUCUCCCGCGCUGUCUACAUGUUGCUCACCGAACCGAUCCUGCUGCUUGUCUCGCUUUAUGGCGCGUUCGCCUUGGGCGUCUUCUAUCUGUUCUACGUGGCCUAUCCUUACAUCCUGAGCAGGGUCUACUCCUUUGGAUUGAAGGAUAUCGGCUUAGCAUACAUCUCGCUUGCGGUCGGGAGUCUGCUUGCUAUACCGGCCGCCAUCGCCAUUGAUAAGACUCUUUAUCAGAGAGCCAGAGCAAAGACUCCGGAUGGUAGACCGCCUCCAGAAGCGAGAAUGUAUGGUGCGAUGGUACCAAGUGGGCUACUACCCUUCAGUUUACUCUGGCUUGCCUGGUCCUCACAUCGAGGUGUUCCUUGGAUCUCUACCGUGCUAUCGGCUGCGCUAUUUGGGCUCUGUCAGGUGCUUCUCUUUACAUACUAUAGUGCCUAUAUGGUCGACAUAUAUAGAGAUAAAGCGGGGGCCUCUGCUCUUGCAGGAAACGGCUUAUUGCGUUAUGGGGACAUCAAUGGGGUGUAUCGCUAG